AGCAUAUAGCACCAGCAACCUCAAGUCAAGUCUCAGACGUCUGAGCCGGCCUGUCGUGGAGUCCUCCAUCUCUUUGAGAAAAGCUGUGAAAUUUUCCAUACGACAGCAGCUGGAGAGUACUCAUGCCUUCAUUAGCUACGCGGCCGGAGCGGCAAACGGAUUACCGCCGCUUUUCCCCGGCGAUCCCCAUCAUUAUCGACAAUGGCGGCUUCAACUUCCGGAUUGGAUGGGCGGGAGAAUCAGAUCCCCGCAUCACCUUCCGCAAUCUCGUCUAUCGGCCACGCCACAAGGCAACAGGAGAAACAGUGACAAUUGUUGGUGAUCAUGAUCCUGUACUUUUGAAAUACUUUGAUUGCACACGCUCAUCUUAUCGCUCUGCCUUUGACAGCAAUGUUGUCUAUCAAUUUGAAAUAAUGGAAUAUGUCCUUGACUAUGGUUUUGACCGGUUGGGGGUUGAAGAUUCACCGGUGGAUCACCCCAUACUUAUGACAGAGUGCAUUUGCAAUCCAAUUUCUUCUAGGAGUAAAAUGGCUGAACUUCUUUUUGAGACUUAUGGGGUGCCAUCUCUUGCUUUUGGUGUAGAUGCGGCGUUCGCUUACAAGUUUAAUCAGCAACAUGGUAUUUGUAGUGAAGAUGGCCUCGCAAUUUGUUCAGGAUUUGCAACCAGCCAUGUCAUUCCAUUUGUAGAAGGGGAACCUGUUUUGGAGGCAUGCUGUAGAACAAAUGUUGGUGGAUAUCAUGUUACGGACUAUUUGAAGCAGCUUCUUUCGUUAAAUUACCCCUAUCAUAUCUCAAGCAUAACAUGGGAGAAGGCUGAGGAGCUGAAGCUGGAGCACUGCUAUGUUGCUUAUGAUUAUGCUGCAGAAUUGCAAUUAUUUCAGAAAGGGACCAAAGAAGCUGAAGAGAAAACCAGGUGCUGGCAGCUUCCUUGGAUUCCUCCUUCCCAAGAGGAUGCACCAUCGGAAGAAGAACUUGCAAGAAAGGCAGCUUUGAAAGAAAAACAAGGUCAACGAUUGCGAGAUAUAGCUGCUGCAAAGAAGUUUACUAGAAUAUCAGAACUUGAACAUAAGUUGCAUGGCCUGGAAGAUUUAGUGCAGCAGCUGGAUGAGGUGGAGGAUGAAGAGAUGUAUUCUAUUCUAUCUGUCACUGAUUACAAUUCCAAACAAGAGAUUGAAUCUGCUGUACAUAGAGUAACACAAUCCCUUCGGAAAGCUAGGGGCGAGCCGUGUGAGAGUGAGGAGAAGGUAGAUGCUUCAUUGUCUGAGAAAUAUCCUCUUAUCAGUAUUCCUGACGACAUGUUAACUCCUGAGCAGCUCAAAGAAAAGAAAAAGCAGAUAUUUCUGAAGACAACAUCGGAGGGCAGACUGCGAGCCAAGCAGAAAAAAUUUAAAGAAGAAUUGCUGCGUGAGAAACAAAAUCAAGAAGAUGAAGAAAAACGCCUAGAGAAUCCAGAGCUUUAUCUUGAACAGACACGGGUCAAAUAUAGAGAGCUUUGUGAGAGAGUUGACCAACGGAAACGUCUAAAGACAAAUGGAAAUGGUAAUUCAUCUGGUGGUGUUGGCCGUGGUGAGCGCUUGAAUUCUGUGCAGAAGGAGCGAAUGCGACUCUUGACAACUGCAGCAUUUGAUCGAGGAAAGGGUGAGGACACUUUUGGAGCUAGAGAUGAAGACUGGCAGCUUUACAAACUGAUGAGCAGAGAUAACGAUGAUGAUGAUGAUAGUCUUGAUGAGGAUGAGACGGAACUAUCUCGUGUAACAACUAGGCUCCAGGAGAUUGACCCCGAAUUUGUUGCAAAAUCUGACUUGGCGGCGCUCCAAGGAACCCUUGAGUUUACUCGGCUCCGGCCGCUAACUGCUGAGGAUUUCAAGAUUAACCUCGGCAUUGAGCGUUUUCGUUGUCCUGAAAUACUGUUUCAACCCAGUAUGGUCGGAGUUGAUCAAGCUGGUCUUGAUGAGAUGACUGGUGUUUCUCUCAGGAGGCUCUCCUCAAAGGAUGAUGCGGUCAAGAACAGAAUGUGCAAUUCCAUUGUCGUCCUUGGCGGCAGCUCUCUCUUCCCAGGUCUGGACUCUCGAUUGGAAGCAGGGAUUCGGCAAAUCCGGCCGUAUCUUUCCCCUCUUAAAGUGGUAAGGUCGUUGAAUCCAGUUUUAGAUGCCUGGAGAGGUGCAGCUGCUUAUGCUACUUCCAUGCAAUUCUCUACUCAGACAUUCAGCAUUCAAGAUUAUUAUGAGAAAGGUGAAUCUGGCCUAAAGCAAUACCAGAUCAAGUAUAGCUUAUGAUUGAUAUUUGAAUACUGUUUCUUGGUUGGUACAACCAUUUUACUUUGUUUUUUUGUUGGUAUUAUUUAUUUCAGAAAACAAAAUAGAUUGUAGCUGUAUUACACUGCUAUUUUAGUUUAAUUUUCACAUGAAUUGAUUCUGCUUUGCUUUCAGUUUAACCUUCCAGACACGAUAAGCUAAACUCUAGGUUUAAUCUUACCCUACUGUGCUCUUCGGAAAUUUGACUUUGUGUAAUAUGUAAUAUAAGAUAGAUGCAACAUUUGAAAAUC